UUUCACCCUAACGUACGGCUCCGCUCCGCUCCUGCAACCUCCGCAGUCGCCGCCACAACCACCACCACUGCAACUGCUGUUACCGCCCCCGGUCAGCUCCAGGGAGUCUGCGGGAUUUAUAGUCCCGUUCAUUACUAGUCGAGCCUUCACAUAAGUGACACACUCCGACAAUGGAGAAUCAGGUAACAACGGGUGACUUCGGCAACCAGACGAUGGUUGAGCAGGUCGACGUUUCCAUCCAGACCAACCCCAACGACAUCACCGAAGCUAUGAGUCAAAUUAAUAACCGCGAAACACUGCCACCGCCGCAGACUCCAACUAAUAAUUUACAGCAGACGUCCCGCUCUGACGAACCACUUAAUUCUUUCGAGAGCGUCGUCGUCAUCUCCAGCGAUGAAGGACGUCCGAUGCCGCCCGCAGAAAGACCGCGUCGUCGAAGGAGGCGUCCACUGCAGAACAUCCCUAUACGCUCUAACGGGACUCCAAUCAUCGAUGCGAAUUUUGUAUCGCCGGACAAUAGGAAUUUCGUUGAGAAUCCGUACGCCACCGGUAGGGCCAUAAGACGUCCAAACAGGCGACCUAGGCGAUUUGUCUUCUCUCAUACGAUCGCUCCAAACUUCAUGUACAACCCUGCUGCAACUCCUCGUGUCCCUUCCGACGAAGAAGCAUAAAUUUCUAUAUGCAUUAAUUGUAUUAUGUGGUAUAAAUAUUAGUAAUAGCAUUAACCAAAUAUAUGUGGGAACAAUGGCAUUGUUGUUAGAUGUUCUGCUAUUCAUCUAUGACUGACUUUCAAAUGUGUAUAAAUAUAUAAAACAUAUACACAGUAUAUAAAAUAUAUCUUUAAAUGUAUUUAUGUGGAUAAAUGUAUAUAUAAAAUUCAUUCAACUUUAUUUUCCCUUUAGAAUUAUGGAUCACAUUAAAUAUGGAUGUUUUACAAACUAAACGUAUGACGUAAAUAUUUCCUAAAACCAAAUGACAACUUUGUUGUAUGGACAAAAUAAUUAAAGCAACUAUGAAAUUUAUUUACUUUUCAAGAGAGCAAAUAAAUUUGGUUCACCUUCCUUCCCCCUUUUU